UGCCCCUGGGGACGCAGUGGCAUGUUGGGGGUGCCCUGAUGGCCCGGCCACCACACCUCCUCAGGAGCAGCGUUCGACAGGUGUCCCUGGGCCUGGCCCCGAGGAAGAGUGAGACCCGGCCCUUGACUUCUGGGAGGAGUCUCGAGAAAGUGGUUUCAGAGCCUUUGCCGCCGCCGAGGACAGGGAGGAGCCGGCAGGGCAGGUCUGGGGCCGCAUGGCCAGCCCGCAGCGGCCCUCGCUGGCCGGGGCGCUGCACCUCUCGCAGGGCGGCUGCCGCCUCCCACCAGCCACGCAGGCGACCGUCGGGGCCCGCAGGGAGGCCUCUGCUACUUCUCUCCAGAAAUCCAGGUCUGAGGGCUGCCUGGGCCUCCCGGGGGUCACAUCCCGACUUCUCCAGGGCGGUGGGCCGGGCCACAGCUGGCCACACACCCACGACAGGGCCCAGGCCCCGGGCAGCACAGGCCCGCUGGGAGGCAGGGCGAGGACGGGAAGCGUCCAGGGCCCUGCAGUGAACGCAGCCCCGCCUGGCCCCCGGCCCUCCCGGGAUGGCCCCUGCCGGGAUGGCCCCUGCCGGCCUCCUUCAGGGACAUCUGGCCUCCCGCACGCCUGGCUUUGCAGCAGCACCCAAGAGAACAUUGGCGGUGAGACUGGGCCCCCCACAGGGCACGGGUCUGGGCCCACAGGGACGCCGCCCAGGGCCCAGUCCAUCACGGGGUGUCCCUUACGGUGCUCCGAGGACCUGCCGGGGCAGAGCUGUGCGGCAGCAGAAGGAGCUACAAGGCCCAGGUCCGCCCCACCCCCGGCUCCCGCCCAGGUGUCCCCGGGGCCCCCUGCCCCGAAAAGGAGGUCUUUCUGCCGGCAGGACCCAUGCGGGCCCAGCGUGGGGAGCUGUGUGGGGGGCUCUCAGGAAACACGUCCCGAGGGUCCCCGGCUGGACGACCAGCGGGGAUGGGAUUCUCGGCCCCGCCCAGUCCCUGCUGCGGAGUCCCGAGGCCUCGGUUCACGGGAAGCGCCCCCACCUGCCCAGUGCAGGCCCGGACACGGCCCGGGGAGCAGGCCUGGGGAGCCCCCAGGCGCUGGCCCCGCCCCGGGUGCUGCCAGGAAGCAGGAGCACCUCGAGGCCGUGGCCGUGGAGGCAGGAAACCAAAGCGGCGGUGACGCACCCAAGGGUGUUCUCGCCGAGAAGAGCAGGCCGCCUGCGGGGCCCGGGGCCCCACAGUGUCCUAGCAACGGUCGGUCGCAGGUGUGCGGGGCCGAAGGGACCCGGUGCUCCAGGGGCGGCGGUCAGGCGGACGCCCAGAAGGCCACCCCGGAAUCCAGGGCCACGCACGCUCCCCAGGAGGGGGAGGACGCCGUUGGCCUGGACCCCAAACGCCGGGAUGAUGCCUUGCGGGGGUUUUCAGAAAUGACCCCAGCAGCGGCCGCGCCUCCCCUCAACGGCAGGCACCCGGGCUGUGGCCAGGGGCCAGAGGGGGCGGCCCCGCCCUUGGCGCGGGCCCUGACGCCGGAGCCGGGGGCAGACACGCCGGCCAGGGGCCGGCGCGGGCUCGUCAUCAUCGCGGUGGAGCACAGAGGCCUUCAGGCCACCCGCGGGGGCGCGGGCCUGCUCCCGGGAACGCGCUCCUGCGAGUUCCUGGGCGAAAGGCCGCCGUCGCGCCGCGGUGUCGGAGCGGCGCCCUGGGAACCUCCCGGGACUGGGGCGCCACACACUUGGGGCGCGGAGCCCCAGCGGCCCGCAGGCCGCAGCCCGGGAGGCGACGAGGGGACUCCCGUGCACGUGGCCGGGGCUGCGCGAGGCAGAGAAGAGCCCUGCUCCCAGGGGCCGGCAGGGGGCAGGCCGAGUCCCCAGGGGCCCGCGGAGGACGAACCGCCGGACAAGGAACAGAGCUCCAGGACUGGGGCCGACGAGGGGGCCGCUGCUCGGGUGCCCAGCUCCCCGCCAGAGGACACACCAGGGGGGGCGUGGGCGGGCGCGCUGGGCAGCGGGGACCCCGAGGGCGGCGAUGCUCUGACGUCGUCCCCACGGACCUGCCCGCUCCGCCGGGCUUCCCAGGAGCCGGAGCCACUGCAGCCGCGUGCCGGCGCCCUGGGCGCGGAGGGCGACCCGGAGCGCUGCGCAGACAGACCGCCCCCUGUGGACGGCGGGUUGGGGGCGCGCGGCGGGGAGCCGACGCCUCUGCACCACGUGCACGCGCUCGGGGACGCUGAGAUGGCCCCACACAGCCCGGGCGAGGGGGCCGCGGGGCUGGUGGGAGGAGGGGCCGCGGAGACACCCAAGGACCCAGGGGGCAGAGGGCUGGGCUCGGAGAGCUGCGACGCCCCGACGCCCAAAACCCCGGAGAAGAGCCUGUGGGCGAGGCUGGCCACAGCUCACAGGGCCUUCGCCAGUCUCUUUGAGCCCAGAGCUGUGGACAGACAGACCGCGGACGACAGGUCCCCAGGCUCCCCCCGGGGCCCCCCGAAGGGGCGGAGCCGGCGGCCGCAGAGCUCCUGGCGGGCGCUUCUGAAAGGCGAGGCUGCAGGGGGCCCCCAGCGGCCCUCCUCAGCGAGUCCGGGUCCCGGCCCAGAAACCCCUGCGCCCCUCCCGCCUGCCCCAGGGACUCAGGGCCGCUGCGAGGAGCGGCCAGAGGACAAGGGGGGCCACAGGGCGCCCCCACCUCCACCCGGCAGCUCGGUCUGUGCAGAGAGCAGGAGGAAGAGUGAAUCCACCAUGCCCUGUGCCAGCCCCCCGAACGGGGGUCGGUGCCUGCACGCAGGGGUCUUGGCCGACAGGUCCUGGCUGGUGCCCCCCACCCGCCCUGGUGCCCGACAGCCCACCCUCACUGUCCCCUCUGCCUCCACCUGCUCUCUGGCCUGCGCAAGCCCGGACGCACCCAGCAGACCCCUGGGCCCCAAGCCCCGGCGGGCGGACUCCCGCUGCCACCCUGGCAGGGGCAGCGCCCGCUCCAUGGUUCUCCUCGGAAGCUGCGGCCGGGAGGAUGGCAGCCCGCAGGCCCCCGCGAGGCCCAGGACCCACCAGGCCGGCAGGAGCCACCUCUGCUCUCAGCCGCUGCUGGACCGCGAGGACCGGGAGGAGGAGAGCUGGGGAGGAGGCCGGCGGCGCGGUCCUCUGAGCCCCGCACGCUCGCUCAGGGACCUUCCCCGGAGUGAGUGCCGGGGGGAGAUGACCGGCGCCUCUCCGUGGUCUCUGAGCCCCCCCAGAAGGAGCCGCCCCGUCUCCCAGAGCGCCCCGAUGGGACUGAACCGCCUGGGCCGGCCGGAGCGCCGACCUGACGCCGGAGGGGUUCCCCAGAUCCGUGCCCGGAGGGAGGGGGCCUGCGAGGCGCAGACGCGGCUGAGUCGCCCCCUGGUGCCCAUCGGCUGGUAUCGCCACCCGGGCUCCGGGUCCCUUCGUGCCACCGCCGGGCUUUCCCCGACACUUUCUAGCGUCGUUCGGUGCGGACCCUGCUGCUCCUUCGCGAGGCUCUCACUCACGGCACUGCCCCUGGCCCGGUACCCCGGGCGGGCACGUUCCUGCCCGCGGGCUGCCCCAGCAGGGCCGCUGCCCCGUGUCUCCCGCGCCCCGGGGGCUGCGCUGGGCCGCCCACCCGGGUCUUGA